UAAACAAUAAGAAUGAGACCUGAAUUUCUUCGCGCUAGGGCACUCUACAUUUUACCCUCUUUUCUUCUUCUUUUUUGGUAAUCGUAAUCAUGGAUCAGAAGGUGGAUCUCAGUGCUCCCCAUUCUAUGGGGACCACUAUCAUCGGCGUUACUUACAACGGCGGCGUCGUUCUCGGAGCCGACUCUCGAACCAGCACUGGAGUGUAUGUUGCCAACCGGGCUUCGGACAAAAUCACACAGCUCACUGAUAAUGUUUACGUCUGUCGCUCUGGAUCGGCUGCAGAUUCUCAAAUUGUUUCUGACUAUGUGCGCUACUUCCUCCAUCAACACACGAUACAACUUGGACAACCUGCAACAGUUAAAGUUGCUGCAAACCUUGUCCGGCUUCUGUCAUAUAACAACAAGAAUUUCUUAGAGACUGGGUUAAUCGUUGGUGGUUGGGAUAAAUAUGAAGGUGGACAAAUUUUUGGAGUUCCUCUGGGUGGAACAAUAGUGCAGCAACCUUUUGCUAUCGGAGGAUCGGGCUCCAGUUACUUGUAUGGUUUUUUUGACCAAGCCUGGAAAGAGGGAAUGACCAAAGAUGAAGCUGAGGAUUUAGUAAAGAAGGCAGUUUCACUGGCUAUUGCUCGUGAUGGUGCAAGUGGUGGGGUGGUCCGAACAGUCAUUAUAAACUCUGAGGGAGUGACCAGGAAUUUCUACCCUGGUGACCAACUUCCACUAUGGCAUGAGGAAAUGGAGCCUCAUAACUCUUUGCUAGACAUUCUGGGUGCCCCAGAGCCGAUGAGCAUGUGAAAAAGUUGCGUUGUUUCAGAAUCGUGCCCGGCUAAAUUAUAUCUCGUCAUCUCUUUUAUGAACUAGUUGACAAUGUGUAGUCGAUUACAUUGUUUGGUUGGAUAUUGUUUUUCGUCGGGUUAUAUCUUAUGUACCAUGGAUAACCUUUUGUUUCAUCAUAUAGCUCCAAGGUAACGUGUAUACUUUGGUGAAUUGGUGUUGCAUACAAAGCAAUUAUCCACUCAUGUUAAACUUCUGUUUUUGGUCUUGGUAGUUAGUGGUAAAAAACACAGAUUUCAAGUUUCAACAUUCAAGCAUUUAAAAUUGAUUCCGUUGUUGAUUAGGCUGGAGAAAUCCAACCUUGAGACUGGGUUUAUUUGUGUAUUUGUUUUAUGAAACU